UGAAAUCCAAUCCCCGCUACGUUAUCGCUAGCGAGUCCUCUUGGCUUGAGCCUUCUCGCCUCGCCCGCUGCACCGUGCUGUUGCGCCAUCGGUUGUCUGUCAGUACUCGCUACAGAGGGCCGCUCCACGUCUCUCUCGGCCGGACGGAAUCCCGCCUUCUCUUUCCGCCCUUAACUGUAAUCCGUCCAUCCGUCCGUCCGUCCGUCCGACCGGCCGGAUAGCGAGGCCGGCCGAGAGCAGCCAGCCAGCCGGCUACCUACAAGAUGAGCUCGGCAUCGCCAUUCCCACCCCCCUCGCCGUCGAGCGCGAGCGUCCCGAUGGUGGUGAUCACCGUGGUGGGGAUACUCGCGGCGUUCGCGCUGCUGGCGGGCUACUACGCCUUCGUCACCCGGUGCCAGCCGCUCCGCGCGCUGCUCUCGCGCGGCGGCCCCACGACGUCGGUGAGCCCCGGCCCCUCCCCGCCGGCGGCGGCCGACGAGAAGCGGGGCCUCGGGCUGCCGCUCAUCCGCAUGCUCCCCGUCGUCCGGUUCACGGCGGCGGAGGACGCGGCGGCGCCGAGGAUCUCCGUGUCGGAGUGCGCCGUGUGCCUGAGCGAGUUCGCGGAGCGGGAGCGCGUGCGGCUGCUGCCCGGCUGCUCCCACGCCUUCCACAUCGACUGCAUCGACACCUGGCUGCAGGGCAGCGCCCGGUGCCCCUUCUGCCGGAGGGACGUCACCCUGCCGGCGCCGCACGCGCAAUACCAUCGGCCGCCGCCGCCCUUCCGCCGUCGGGACGAGCAGCUCCCGACCAGCGCCACCGGCGGCAACGACAACGGCGGGAGCAUCGUGAUCGAGGUGAGAGGGGAGCGCGAGACCUGGUCCGACGGCAGGAGGGGCCGGAAGAAGAAGGCGGAGAGCGUGGGCGACGAGGCGGUGGACACGAGGACGAAGAAAGGGGAGUUCGCGGCGGUGCAGCCGAUGCGGCGGUCGCUCUCCAUGGACUCGUGCGACGCCAAGCGGCGGCAGCUCUACCUGUCCGUCGUCCGGGAGUUCCUCGCGCAGAGCUAGGCAGGCGUCGUCGUAGCAGCGGUGGUGGUAGUACAUUCAUCAUACAUACAGUACCAUUCUUUCUUCGACCGAUCGAUUGGAGUAGUACAUUAGCCUCCGUACGUUGCUGUAGCGGUGGUACGCGUAGCGUACGUAGGCACGUGUAAAUUCACUCCUCGACCGCGGCUAGAUGCAUGGCAUGGCGGUCGUCUCUAAUUUUUUGUGGGCAGUCCAUAUGUACAAGGGCAAUUAAGCAAGUGUUUCCUCCUUUCAUAAUAUAAAAGUGUUACUAGUGUCGAGAG